AUGACGGUGCAAGACGUUCGCCAGGCGCUGGACGCCCCCGCGCUGACGGCCUAUAUCCACUCGCGCCUGGGUGCGUCCCACGGCGCCAUCGCGUCCAUCCGCCAGUUCCAGCACGGCCAGUCGAACCCCACGUACCUCGUGACGAUGGCCGGCUCGGGCGCCAAGUGGGUGCUGCGCAAGAAGCCGCACGGCCAGAUCCUGCCGUCCGCGCACGCCGUGGAGCGCGAGUUCCGUGUGCUGGAGGCGCUGGAGCACACGGAGGUGCCCGUGCCGCGCGCUGUGCUGCUGUGCGAGGACCCCAAGGUCAUCGGCACGGCCUUCUACCUCAUGGAGUACGUGCACGGCCGCAUCUUCCAGGACCCGUCGCUGCCUGGCGUCAAGCCCAUGUACCGCUACGCUAUGUACAGCUCGGCGGUGGACGCGCUGGUGAAGCUGCACGCGCUGGACUACAAGAAGAUCGGGCUGGCGGACUUCGGCCGACCGGAGAAGUACUGCCACCGAGUGGUGGCUCGCUGGAGUCGCCAGGUGCAGGGAGGGCAGAAGGUGUUUGCGGAGGCUGGUGUGAAGGAGAACCCCAAGAUGACGCAGCUACAGCACUGGCUGGAGCAGAACGCAGAUGAUGCUGAGAAGGCCACGAGUAGCGGCGGCGCCAGCAUUGUCCACGGAGACUUCCGCAUCGACAACAUGAUCUUCCACCCCACCGAGCCUCGCGUCUUGGCCAUUCUGGACUGGGAGCUGUGCACUAUUGGUAACCCGUUCUCGGAUGUGGCCACGCUGGCUUCGGCCUACCGACUGCCCAUCGACAACUCGAACACGAUCAUGACCCCGGGGCUCUCGGGCGCCCCGCUGAAGCAACUCGGCAUUCCGUCGGAGAGUGAGCUGCUGUUGGGCUACUGCCGCCGAGCUAACCGCUUCCCGCUCACUACGCAGGCGUGGAAUUUCUUUGUGGGAAUCGUCACUUACCGAUUCGCAGCCAUUUGCCACGGUGUGUACGCUCGCGCACUGCAGGGUAAUGCGUCCUCGGCCAACGCUGCGUGCGCCAAGACUACGAUGGACCGACUGCUGGCCAUGAGUGACGACAUCAUGGACGCCUCCGCGGACAUUUACCCGGAGCCUGAGCUGGAACAUAUUUUGCCGUUCCCAAUCCGUCCGCACGCCCUACAGAUCUACAAGAAGUUGCUCAAGUUCUGCCAGACUCGAGUUUACCCCGCUGAGCACGUGCACCUCGAGCAGAUUGCCAAGGCUCGCGAAGAGGGCCGUGUCUGGGACGUUGUGCCUCCCAUUAUCGAGGAGCUCAAGGCGGAGGCCAAGGCUCUGGGGCUGUGGAACCUUUUCCUGCCGGAGUGCGUGGUGCCGGCGCUCGAUGGCAAGGGGCCGGACGUGAACUACGGAGGUGACCUGACCAACCUCGAGUACGGGCUCAUGUGCGAAGUGAUGGGCCGGUCCAUUGUGCUGGCUCCGGAAGUCUUCAACUGUUCAGCUCCGGACACGGGCAACAUGGAAAUCCUCACGCGCUUCUGCACCGUUGAGCAGAAGCACCAGUGGCUGGUGCCGCUACUGAAGGGUGAGAUCCGCUCGUGUUUUGCCAUGACGGAGAAGCGCGUGGCGUCAUCCGAUGCUACCAACAUUGAAACGAGCAUCGUCCGUGAUGAGGAGCGCCAGGAGUACGUGAUCAACGGCCACAAGUUCUACAUCUCCGGUGCGGGCGAUCCGCGCUGCAAGAUCAUCGUGCUCAUGGGCAAGCACCCGGAGAGGGCUAAGGACAGUGCGUUCAAGCAGCAGUCGAUGAUCCUGGUGCCCAUGGACACCCCGGGCGUGGAGAUCGUGAAGCCCAUGCACGUGCUCGGAUACGACGACGCUCCGCACGGCCACAUGGAGAUGCUGUUCAAGGACGUCCGCGUGCCGUUCAGCAACAUCUUGCUGGGCGAGGGCCGCGGUUUCGAGAUCGCGCAGGCGCGUCUCGGACCGGGUCGGAUCCACCACUGCAUGCGUGCGAUCGGCGCGGCCGAGCGCUGUAUGGAGCUGAUGGUGCAGCGCGCCAAGACGCGCACGGCGUUCAAGCAGCUUCUGGCCGAGAAUCCGCUCGUGUGCUCCCAGAUCGCCAAGUCGCGCUGCGAGCUGGACAGCGCGCGUCUGCUCACUCUGCAGGCCGCGCAUCAGAUGGACAUGAGGGGCAACAAGGUCGCUCAGCAAGCCAUCGCGAUGAUCAAGAUCGUGGCCCCCAACAUGGCGCUGGCCGUGUGCGAUCGCGCCAUCCAGCUGCACGGCGCGGCUGGCGUGGGGCAGGACUUCAUCUUGUCGUACUUGUACGCAGCACUGCGGACGCUUCGUAUCGCCGACGGACCGGACGAGGUGCACAUGCGCACGAUCGCCAAGCUCGAGCUGAGCCUGUCGAAGUUGUAG